UAAGGUUAUUUUUGAACCAUGUGGGUUCGUUCCACUUCAUGGUUCUAUCCCAGAAAAUGCCUACAAGGCUUGAAACAGGCUAUUCUGACUUUACCUUACGCAGCGUAGUUCUCCAACCAUCCCUUGUCUGGGAUCCCUUGUCUGGGCGCGACAAAAGAAAUUUGUACUGCGUCGAUCUCGAUUUUGAUGCUGUCGAGUUUUCCACCCCAGCCCUCUGUCGUGGCAUGAGAGGUCCCAGCAGGCUUCGCGACAUGGGAUGA